AUGACUCAUCAGGUCGGCUCUAACUACGACAGAGAGCUCCAUUGGCUCAAGCCGUAUUAUCCUUCUGGAAAGGGCGAAAACGACAUUGAGGAGGAGGAGAGUUGGAUCCCUGAUUGGGUUAUGUAUUUCCCAUCUAUGUUCUCAAGUUUCUUGCACGUCAUAGUAAACGAGUUCCCAUGGUUGAUGCACGAGGCAGGCAUUCUGCUGAAGUUUUUCGGCACUGGCUUCCAGGCGUAUAUCAUGUUUAUGCGUCUCAUCGUCUUUGCCAUCCUCAUCAUGCCAGCUGUGGUGAAGGUUGGUAGCUGGUGGACACUUAGUCCUAAUGUGCUCCGUGGAAUACGGUAUGGGCCAAAUGGUCGUAACCAGUUGGAUAUCUAUCUCCCAGCUGAUUACUACUUGGACCCUCCAGAGAAGCGUCGUCAGAAAAAGCUCCCCAUUGUUAUCAAUGUGAUGGGCGGUGCUUGGGUGAUCGGGUUCCGCGCAUGGUCGGCGUGUAUGGGCCGACGUCUUGCCUUUGAGAGAGGCGCCCUCUUUGUGGCCCCCGACUACCGGAAUUUCCCACAGGGCAAGAUAGAUGACAUGGUCGAAGAUGUCAACAACUGCAUAAAUUGGGUGUUCGAAAAUGCCGAUCGUUAUGGUGGUGACAUUUCCAAAU